AAAGCAACAGUUGACUAUAGGGGCAGCGGUCUGUUUUAAUUUUUGGCCCUGCGAAACCCUUGGGGCAGGGUUAUUGCAUUACUAUAUUUCAUCCAUUUUCUGUCUAUGGAAAAUUAAAAAUGUACGCGGUAAAGUGGGAUCCACAGGAAUAUUUUUCAUGUAGUCAUCACUCAAUGCUCUUCUAUAUACAGACUUCUUCCUUUCCUGCACUUCUUCAAGAAAAUGAGCAGCACUAACAAUGGCAGUAGAGCAGUCCGUUGGAAUACAGAUUCCACCGGACUGAUGAAGAAGUCAUCACUGCCGUCACAGACAAGGUUCUCAGCCGUGAUUCUCUCGUCCAAGACGUUGCCAUACUCGGUGACAUUUGCAAGUAUAUAUGAGCCCUGGGACUUGCCCGGCACCUUCUCAAUUCCAUGUCUUACCGUAGAAUCCAACACUUUUCGCUAGAAGGAAGUUAUGGUGGCGGAUUCUAUAGCCAAGUAUGGCAAUUACCGCAUUAGGAUGUCCUGUGGUCUUUGUGUUUUGGAGGAUCUGCCUCCUAAUGUUAUUUUUGUUCUUGUUGAUGAUUCUUAUGGGGUCUCGGUCUCCUACUAAAAGGGACACUCGUAC